GGCUCGUUUCUGCCCCGUAAACGCAACUCUCGAACCGCUUGCAUUCAUUUGAUCAAUAAAACACACGGAUAACGAUUGGCGCCAGUCUCGCUGAGACGAUCACCCCUACCUUAUCGGAAAUCAUUACCUUCCAUGAAAAGAAGAUCUGAAUUCGACUGAAAAAAAAAAAAAAAAAUUGGAAUAAAAAAAAAAAACAGGAGCAGAUGGCGUUCGCUGCCGGGGUCCCGCCCUCCGCCGUCCGAACCACCACCACCGCGACGCCUGCCGUCCCCCGCCACCGCCGCCCCAACCUCCAUCCCUUCCUUAGCCCUCUCCCCGCCUGCCGCCGCUCGGUCUCCACCCGCGCUCCGGCCCUCCCCUCGGCGGCGGACAUCUCCGCCCUCGACGCCCCCGCGGCCCUCGCCGCGGCCUCCGUGGCAGCCGCCGCCGCCGCCGCGCUCUCCCUUUCCGACCCCGAGCGGCGGCGCCAGCGCCAGGCCGCGGAGGUGGGCGGCGGCGACAAGGAGGUGGUCCGCGACUACUUCAACACGACCGGGUUUGAGCGGUGGCGCAAGAUCUACGGCUCCUCCACGGAGGGCGUGAACCGCGUCCAGCUCGAUAUCCGCCUCGGCCACUCCCAGACGGUCGCCGCCGCCCUCCGCAUGCUCCGCGACGCCGGCCCCCUCGCCGGCAGCACCGUCUGCGACGCCGGCUGCGGCGUGGGCUCCCUCUCCAUCCCGCUCGCCUGCGAGGGCGCCCUGGUCUCCGCGUCCGACAUCUCCGCCGCUAUGGUCGCCGAGGCGCAGCGCCAGGCCGAGGAGGCCCUCCUGGCCCAGCACUCCCCCGACGACAGCCCUUUCCGAAUGCCCGACUUCCAUGUCAAAGAUCUGGAAAGCAUCGGCGGAAGGUACGACACCGUGGUGUGCCUGGACGUGCUGAUACACUACCCCCAGGACAAGGCGGAGGCGAUGAUCGGCCACCUCGCCUCCCUCGCGGAGAAGCGCCUGCUGCUCAGCUUCGCGCCCAAGACGCUGUACUACGACCUGUUGAAGAGAAUCGGGGAGCUGUUCCCCGGCCCCUCCAAGGCCACGCGGGCAUACCUGCACGCCGAGCGCGACGUGGAGCGCGCGCUUAACAAGUUCGGCUGGCGGGUGCGGAAUAGGGGUUUCGUCUCUACGCAGUUCUACUUCGCCAAGCUCGUCGAGGCUGUGCCCGCAGGGUCGGCGUGAGAGGGAGGAGGCAAGUAACUGCCUUGUAAACUGGGUUGCGAGGAGAGGUAUGUGUUGUGUUCGAUUUCUGAGAUUCUAUUCCUCCUUUUCUGAGAUUUGUGUUCGAUUCUACGACCCGUUGAGGAGGCAAGUAAUUUCUAUUUGCAAAUAUUCCUAAGGUUGGUUGAGGUCCUGUUUGUCCCUUUUGAUGCCAAAUAUGUCUGUCUCUUGAUCGGCCCUUGCUUAGUCCUUGAUUCACUUCCUCUGUCUGUAAUGCUUUUAGAUGUGUAAUCCGGUCCGGUGAUCGUGUCUCUAACUUCAUUACUUCACGCUGGGACGUGGAAAUUGGAAGCGUUGUCAAAAUGUGCUGUUAAACACUUGGAGCUCUGUUUUGCCUUGUAGAUUUAGUUUUCUAAAA